AUAAGAAUUCCCUUAUUGUUCUCUUCUCCCAUUCUCCUUCUCCUUCUCCUUCCAAAAUCCCACCACCGACAAUUCCCAAUGUCAGGCGAGAACAAUUCACCGUUCCCCUCAGGCGUGUCCAAUGGGCAGAAGCUGACAACAUGGAGAAGACCAUGUAAUGAGCCAAUUACCAAUGAGUCGUCAGCCAAUGUUGGAUCGGACGUGCCGCCAUCACUCCCUGACUCUAUUAGAUCUUCUUCCCAAUGUUCCUAUUCAAAUGCCGCUCCCCCGGUUCCUCCCACUUUGAAUCAUAAUUCUGAUACCAGCAGCAAUGCUCGUGUUUUUCAAAAUGAUUUACUUUCAAACUCGCUACGUUUGCCAAAUGGGAGCCAGAAACCUUAUCACAAAGAGGAAAUCAACAAUUUAAAUUUCAGUAGAGAUGACACCCACAGCCAAGGCGGAUGUGGUUACCUGUACAAUCAGGAUCGUCGUCAUGAGCAGUGGUCGAACUCUUAUCGAGGUUCAACUGGUUGUAUGCCUCCAUGCAUGCAAUUCUCUAGAGAGCAACCGCGACCUUAUAUGGUACCGAUGAUCUAUCCGCCUAUGCAUCUGACGUUCAUUAGUAAUGUCAUUCCCUUCAAUUGGUACAGUACUUAUGAAGUCCCCAAUGUCAUACCAGUCUGUCCGCAACUUCAAUAUUUGUGCUGGCCAAAUUUUAUCCCUUAUCAAGGAUUUUAUGCAGCGCUGCAAUCAAAUUUUUCUUUUUUGCUGCUUAAUCUACGGGCUAACUUGCGGAAACAGAUUGAGUACUAUUUCAGUUCGGAGAAUUUGUACACCGAUCAUUACCUGAAAAAGCAAAUGGAUGAUCACGGUUGGGUUCCAGUAACUUUAAUUGCACAGUUUAGGAGAGUUCAACGAUUAAUGGACGAAAGACAAUCCAUAUAUGAUUCUUUCAGGCUCUGGAGCUUCAUGGAAAUGCAGGUUAUGCCGUUAGCCGACGAUAUCCAGUUCAUAUUGGAUUCCUUAAGGCUUUCAUAUUUUGUAGAAGUGCAGGGUAAUAAAGUGAGAAAACGGCAUGAGUGGGAUAAAUGGGUAUCACACUCAUAAACUUCUACUCGUUCCAGUGUAUGAAUCUCUGAGAAAGUUUGUACGGUUAGAGAAUUUCAAUGAUAAGAAAAUUAUUGGGUUAGAAUUAAUCAUUAAGAUUUUAUCAGGAUGAAAAUCAAAAUUUUGGAAUUUAUUUUGAUAUGAGUGUAAUACAUACAUACCA